AUGCCUGGCAGACGACCAGUCAGUACAAACGACAUCGAGGCCAUUCGGCAGAUUUUGUCAAAUACGCAAACCAGGAUAAUCACCCCGUCAGACCAAGACUAUGCAGACUCGAUUCAUUCCUGGUCGCGAGCGGCGGAAAAGCCAUCUGGAGUUAGCAUCCUGCCAGCAUCGGUCGAAGAUGUAUCGAAAGUAGUCAGGUAUGCCAACGACAAUGGCAUUGAUCUCGCGGUCAAAGGUGGUGGUCACUCCACCUCUGGUGCAAGUAGCACCGAUGGUGGUAUCUUGAUCAACCUCAAGUCAAUGCGCAAGGUCACAAUCGAUCCCUCGUCGCGCCACAUCUUCGUCCAAGGCGGAUGUCUGUGGAUGGAUGUCGACGCUGCCGCCUGGGAACACGGCCUCGCCACCGUCGGCGGGACAGUCGCCGACACCGGCGUGGGUGGCCUGGCGCUCGGGGGAGGAUACGGUCAUCUGACCGGGAAGCAUGGCCUGGUCAUUGACAACAUCGUCCAGGUGACGGUGGUCGUGGCGAAUGGCGAGAUCCUCACAGCCAACAAGCAGGAGAAUGCCGAGCUCUUCUGGGGCCUCCUCGGUGCCGGACAGAAUUUCGGCGUGGCGACCGAGUUUGUGUUCCAGGGCUACCCACAGGGCGACAUUUACGCUGGGACUCUUGCGUACGCAGCCACGAAGGAAAAUAUCGAGGCGGUCGUGGCAGCUGCCAACGAGCUGUACGAGUCCAGAGGACAAACUGGCACUCUGAUUGCUCUCGUCAAGUCUCCCGACGGCAGUGGUCAGACCCUCCUGCUCCUGAUGGUCUCGUGUGUUGCCGCCGGAGCCGAGGCCACCGGGAAACAACUGUUUGCGCCGUUCUUCGCACUGAAUCCACUUCUGAACGAUGUCGCUGUGCGUCCCUAUCCUCACGUCAACAAUCUCGUUCCCAACCUACAAGGCAUGCGUUGUAGUCUCAAGGGCGCUGCGACGAUCCUCCCUCUGCGAGCUGAUUUCGUCGGUCAAGUCCGCGCGAAAUUCGACGAGUUCGUGGAGAGCACUCCGGACGCCAAGGGAUCUCUGAUUGCAUUCGAGAUGUACGAUGCCUGUGCGGUGAUGGCGCGCCAGGACAACGGCAGCUUCGCAAAUCGCGGGUGGCAUCUCAAUGCAUUAAUCUCGCCGCAAUGGGAGAAGGCAGAAAACGAUACAGUCUGCCGACAAUGGGCGCGCGAUAUCGCUGGGCUGUUCAGGGAGGAGCUAGAAAGUAAGGGCGUGAAUGUGGGUAGCAAGGACGGCGUGGAGGGAGGCGUGGGAGCGCGAGGUGAGAAGGGAGCGGUAUUGCUAUAUGGCAACUACGAUCUCGACGAGGUCUCGAGGGACGUGUUCGGAGCGAACUAUGCUCGCUUGCAGGCGAUCAAAGCGAGAUAUGAUCCUGGCAACCUGUUUGAUAAGUUGUUUGCCGUUCAGCCUCUUGUCACUUGA